AAAAUUUAUUUAAAACUUGUUAAUAAAUUAUAAAUUUCGCAAUUUUUGAAUUUAUCAUCCUAUGAGCAUAAAUUUGCGCGGAGCGUUAACAAUUGCUAUCCUCGAGCAAAACUCAUGUCUCACAACUCGUCAUCCGCUGAAGAUUCCAUUGUCGGAAUCCUUUGCGUCGCAGCUCGACGGAGCUCUGCUAAUUAAAUAAGCUUAUCAGACGAACAAAUUUAAUAAAUUUCCUCGACAUGACGGAGUCUAAUGCAAAUCGAUCGAGACAUUUCUUUCGCGACACCCUGUACAGGUGGCGUUGCUCGUGUGUGAGGCACGGCGAUAUAUUCUUAGCUGCGUAAGGAGCUGGACGUUGAUAGCCAUCGCUGUUUGAUAACACGACAGAUCGGGCAUCGAUAAGCGCCCGUGUUUACAACCAACCCCCAAUCGCCUUUGUCAAAUCUUGGCGUCAGUCUCGAGCAGAUCGAAUGAAAAUACUCAGAUUUUCGCGGCGCGAGAAAAAAUGGGUGACGAGAACGCAAGCUGCGCGCACGACGGCGAGGAAGACGCACAACUGUCACUGCUGGAUCUCCCGGUGGAGAUAUUCCUGCAUAUAUGCUCCUUCCUAGAGGCGUCGACGUUGGUACACGGUUUGAGCCUGGUGUGCAAACAGUUCUACCUGAUUUUAAAGGAUGACUCACUGUGGAAAGCGCGAAUUAACCAUAUAUGGCCGGAUGCUAGCUACCCGCUCUUGCGUCCCGCGAGGCCCGACAAACUGUUUUGGAAGUUGUCAUGCGUCGCGGUCGAGAAACAGACGGCGCUGUGGAAACAGCAGGAUUCCAUGGAGAAAUUUAUAAUCGCGAACGCACAGUACAGCACGAUAGACGCUCUGCUACUGAUGCACGACGGCACCACUUGCAUAGCCGGCGCGAGAGAUCGCACCCUGGUCUACUGGAAGCUCCCCUCCCGCGAGAAACUGCCCUCGCACGAAAUCGGGAACUCCGUCUGCAUAGAUUCCGCGCAUAACGGAUGGAUCUGGGAUCUCACGGCGAUAGACAACACGAUCUACAGUUGCAGCUGGGAUCAGAGCGUCAAGUCGUGGAUGCUCAUCAACACCGGCCUCGUCCAGCUGAGAACUUACGAGAUGAACGUGCCGGGUGCACUGCUGUGCGUGUCGUCGAGCCCGGAGCAGGCCCUCUUUGCGACCGGCUCGUACAGCAGGACCAUAUUCGUGUUCGACUCGAGAUCGGGACACAAGCCGAUCAGGCAGUACCGGCCGCACACCGGAGCCGUGAUCAAGCUGGCCAUGAACACGGAGUACAUCUUGUCCGCGAGCGAGGACAAGACGGUGUCCAUUUGGGAUCAGAGAGCCGGACGGACCAUGAAGUCUAUCACGAUUUCUAGCGAGGCGUUCCCCAUGUGCAUGAGCAUGCAACGGGAUUGGGUCUGCGUCGGCGACAGCACCGCCAACUUGCACGUGCUAAAUCCAAAGAACAGCUUCAAGCUGGUGAAAUCUUAUUCCACCGAGCACACGAAAGGGAUAACGGGGGUGCAUCUGACGCACGGGUGCCUGAUUACGAGCUCGACGGACGGCACCGUGAGAAUUUCGAGCCCUACGGAUCCGCCGAAGCCCAUCGCCACUCUGCUCUCGGGAUUCGGCGAGAUCGCCAGCAUGGAUUAUCUGAAUGGCAUCCUCGCGAUAUCCGGCAUCGAUAUCGCGGUAUGGCGCCCGAAAUCGACGUAUUCAACGAAGCAUCAAUGAACGGAGAAUUUCUAUACGUGUUCUAUAGCUAAUAUUGCUUUGAUAUAUAAUAUAUAUUCUUAGUUUUUAC